GAUAGCUUUAGCUUUUCUUUUCUGUAAUGUUGUAUUAUAAUAAACCAGACAAAUCCAGCAAGGACACAGUAGUUGCAGUUUCUUCAUAUUUAGGCCUCUUCUACUUCCCCCCAUGUGAUUUAAGCCCCGUCUCCUUUCACUUCCCAUUCCUCUCUUGUUUCUUUAAAUCUAUUUUUCUAUGAGUCAUGCUCAUUUCUGAGUUGGACUUGGCAGAGAGUUUUGCCAGUGAAGCAAAUCUAAGUCCUCAAGCUUUCUUUCUCUUUUCUCUCUCUCAUAUCCAAGUGGCUUCAAGAACCAGACACCCAGAUCAAGUUGAAGGCUUUAGAAGCUGAUCUUGAAACUUAUGGAUGAUGGAUGCUUGAGUUCAUCUUCACUCAGUUGAGGUAGAACUUAGAAGACUCUUUUCUGUAUAUCAAUUUUUACACUGUCUGCAUUUCUCUUAUUUAGUAGUGAAGGCUCUAAUUGUUGCAUGGUAACAUUAUAGUCAUAUCAGAAAGAAAGUUUCUUUUUUUAUCUUUUUGGAUUAGCAAAGAAAAGAAAGAAAAUAUUUUGGUUUUAAUUUUGGUAUCAUGAGAGACUUUCCUUCUUGUUUUGGUGAAAACGGGGUACAAGUUGCUGAUUCAUCAUCUUCAAGUAGUACAACUAAAGCUGCUCAAAAUGUGGUAACUUGUGUCUAUCAAUGUAAAUUACAUGGUCGUUCUUGCUUGAUCACCAUUACAUGGACCAAAAGUUUGAUGGGUCAAGGCCUUAGUAUUGGAAUUGAUGAUUUGGCCAAUCAAUGCCUUUGUAAGGUUGAUAUAAAGCCAUGGUUGUUCUCUAAAAGAAAAGGGUCUAAGAAUUUAGAAGUGGAUUCUAGUAAAAUCGAGAUUUACUGGGACUUAACUAAUGCUAAAUUUGGUUCUGGGCCAGAGCCGAUGGAGGGAUUUUACUUAGCUGUUGUGUUUAAUCAAGAAAUAGUUUUACUGCUUGGGGAUUUGAAAAAGGAGGCAUACAAGAAGGUUGACACCACUGACCCUAUUCAUUCCAAUGCAAUUUUUAUUGCCAAGAGGGAACACAUAUUUGGGAAGAAGCUUUAUGGGACAAAAGCUAAAUUUUGUGAUAAGGGGCAAAUGCAUGAUGUCACAAUUGAGUGUGAUACUGUUGGGCUCAAUGAUCCAUGCCUUGUGAUCCGAAUUGAUAGUAAGACAGUGAUGCAGAUCAAGAGGUUGAAGUGGAAGUUUAGGGGCAAUUACACCAUUGUAGUGGAUGGUCUUCCAGUUGAAGUGCUUUGGGAUGUUCAUAAUUGGCUCUAUGGGAAUGCUAUGGGCAAUGCAGUUUUCAUGUUCCAAACUUGCCUCUCAGCUGAGAAGUUAUGGUCUAGCCACUCUAUAUUUGAUCCUUCAUUAUUAACUUGGUCUUACUCUCAGCAAUUUAGAGAUUCCCAAUCACAAGGUCUUGGUUUCUCACUGAUUUUGUAUGCUUGGAAGAAUGAAUAGAAAUGUAUUUUUCAU